UCUUCUUAUGCUCUCUCUUUGCAUACAUACAUAUAUAUAGAUACCUACAUAUAUAUAUCUCUAUGUCUUUGUUCAUCAUCAGUUAUAUAGGUGAUGUAGAUAGAUGGACAAAAAAACAGCGUAAGACCUAGUUUCUGACUUACAUAUGUUUUAAAUUCUUUGUCUGAAUCAUUACAGGAUCCGAGAGAGAGAGCUCUGGAACGAUAUUAACAUAUAUCAUGAAGAAAAAGAUUGAAGUAUUGAUAUGGGAAUAACUAAAACUUCUCCUAAUACUACAAUUCUCUUGAAGACUUUUCACAAUAAUUCUAUGUCCCAAGAUUAUCAUCAUCAUCAUCAUCAUAAUCAACACCAAGGAGGUAUCUUCAACUUCUCUAAUGGAUUCGACCGAUCAGAUUCUCCCAAUUUAACAACUCAGCAGAAGCAAGAGCAUCAAAGGGUAGAGAUGGACGAGGAAUCUUCAGUCGCCGGAGGUAGGAUUCCGGUCUACGAAUCAGCCGGUAUGUUAUCCGAAAUGUUUAAUUUCCCCGGAAGCAGCGGUGGAGGAAGAGAUCUCGACCUCGGCCAAUCUUUCCGGUCAAAUAGGCAGUUGCUUGAGGAGCAACAUCAGAAUAUUCCGGCUAUGAAUGCUACGGAUUCAGCCACCGCCACCGCAGCCGCCAUGCAGUUAUUCUUGAUGAAUCCACCGCCACCGCAACAACCACCGUCUCCGUCAUCCACAACUUCCCCAAGGAGCCACCACAAUUCUUCAACUCUUCACAUGUUACUUCCAAGUCCAUCCACCAACACAACUCACCAUCAGAACUACACUAAUCAUAUGUCUAUGCAUCAGCUUCCACAUCAGCAUCACCAGCAGAUAUCGACGUGGCAGUCUUCUCCCGAUCAUCAUCAUCAUCAUCACAACAGCCAAACGGAGAUUGGGACCGUCCACGUGGAAAACAGCGGAGGACACGGAGGACAAGGCUUGUCCUUAUCUCUCUCAUCGUCUUUAGAGGCUGCAGCAAAAGCGGAAGAGUAUAGAAACAUUUACUACGGAGCCAAUUCUUCUAACGCAUCACCUCAUCAUCAAUACAAUCAAUUCAAGACUCUUCUUGCUAAUUCUUCUCAACAUCACCAUCAAGUAUUAAACCAAUUCCGAUCAUCUCCGGCUGCUUCUUCCUCUUCCAUGGCAGCGGUCAAUAUCUUAAGAAACUCGAGGUACACAACGGCCGCGCAAGAGUUGUUGGAAGAGUUUUGUAGUGUUGGAAGAGGAUUUUUGAAGAAGAACAAACUUGGGAACAGCUCAAACCCUAAUACUUGCGGUGGUGAUGGUGGUGGCAGCUCUCCUUCGUCGGCCGGAGCAAACAAGGAGCAUCCUCCUUUAUCGGCGUCUGAUCGGAUUGAGCAUCAAAGAAGGAAAGUGAAACUACUCACCAUGCUUGAAGAGGUGGACCGACGGUACAACCAUUACUGCGAGCAAAUGCAGAUGGUUGUGAACUCUUUCGACAUAGUAAUGGGCCACGGUGCGGCAUUACCGUACACCGCAUUGGCUCAAAAAGCUAUGUCAAGACAUUUUAGAUGCCUUAAAGAUGCAGUUGCGGCUCAGCUUAAGCAGAGUUGCGAACUUCUUGGGGACAAAGAUGCAGCGGGAAUCUCUUCUUCCGGGUUAACAAAAGGUGAAACUCCGCGUUUGCGUUUGCUAGAGCAAAGUUUGCGUCAGAACCGUGCGUUUCAUCAAAUGGGUAUGAUGGAACAAGAAGCUUGGCGGCCACAACGCGGUUUGCCUGAACGCUCCGUCAAUAUACUUAGAGCUUGGCUCUUCGAACAUUUCCUUCACCCGUAUCCAAGUGAUGCAGAUAAACACCUAUUGGCUCGACAGACUGGUUUAUCCAGAAAUCAGAGGAACACCAUGUGUUUUGCCUUCCACUCACCAUUAGCUUUUCUUGGGAUUCGUCUUUAAAUUAUUAUAGCAUAUUUAUAUAUACAAAAACAUAGGAGAGAGAGAAAGAGAUCGACAUUAAAGACGCAAAAGGGUCCAUUUUUCCUCAAGUACAUCAAAGUUUGCAGCUUUCAAUUGUCCCAAAGAAACCCUCAAUUUCUUGUAUCCCUACAUUAAAUAACCAAAUGACAAAUAAACAAAAAGAGCCCUCAAUUUUAUUUCGAUAUUAUAAUGAUUCAACUAGUGAAAAUUUUGUCUCUUUUAUUCAGGUAUCAAAUUGGUUCAUAAAUGCUAGGGUUCGUUUAUGGAAACCAAUGGUGGAAGAAAUGUACCAACAAGAAUCAAAAGAAAGAGAAAGAGAAGAGGAAUUAGAAGAGAACGAAGAAGAUCAAGAAACAAAAAACAGCAACGACGACAAGAGCACAAAAUCCAACAACAAUGAAAGCAACUUCACUGCCGUUCGGACCACUUCACAAACUCCAACGACAACCGCACCAGACGCAUCAGACGCAGACGCAGCAGUAGCGACAGGCCACCGUCUAAGAUCCAACAUUAAUGCUUACGAAAACGACGCUUCAUCACUUCUACUCCCUUCCUCUUAUUCCAACGCCGCCGCUCCUGCCGCUGUUUCUGACGACUUGAAUUCUCGUUACGGUGGCUCAGACGCGUUUUCCGCCGUUGCCACGUGUCAACAAAGUGUAGGUGGGUUCGAUGAUGCUGACAUGGAUGGUGUUAACGUUAUAAGGUUUGGGACAAACCCUACUGGUGACGUGUCUCUCACGCUUGGUUUACGCCACGCUGGAAACAUGCCUGACAAAGACGCUUCUUUCUGCGUUAGAGAGUUUGGGGGUUUUUAGUUUGCUUUUGUCACUCCAUUUAAUUAAUUAAUUAUAGUUUCCAUUCUUACUUAUUUUAAUUGAAAAUCUAUUUUUGUCUCUUAAAAGUCAAAACAAUACAUUAGUCUAGCCCUCCUCUGCUUUUUUUUUUCUAUCUCGUGAAGAGAAGAAAACGAUACGUAAAUCCCUUCGAAAACUAAUGUACGUUGUACGACUUAUUGUUUUCAU